UUGUAGAAACAGUGCUGUAAAACCUUUAAUUCAGUGUUAGGACCGGACGCCUUUGAAAAGAAAUUACUUUUGCUUGUUUUGAAAAUGUCGCAAAGACGCAAAUCUCGAGGUAUUCCAAAUCGGCAAAUGUCGCGGCUCCAAGAUCCCGUGGAGCCAAAAAAUGUAUUUUCUCGUCCUGUUCUCAACUCUGCCAUGCACUCUGAGGAGGAAAUAAGACGCAUUACAAUGGAUAAUCUGAUUGCCAUUGAUGACUUCAAUCUCACGCCGCAUACGCAGGCUGCAGUGGCUCCAAAGAUUAACCAAAAGCUGAACUUUCUACCAGAUCAAGCGGUGUUCAAGGGUUUGGUUCCUCUUAAUGUCAACGAUUCGAUACUGCCGCCCCAAAAGAUGGGACGCAAGCCGUCAAAGGGCAAAAAUUCCAAGGAAAAUAUACCAAAGUCAGCAGAGCCGGAACUUCGGGACUAUGUGCAGCUAGUACCGCCCAUGACUAUGAUUAUACCAGAGCCUGAGCUUCGUUUGGAGUACAAGCCGGAGCCAUUCAACUUUCUCGAGGCUUACAAGAAACUCUUCAAAUAAAGUUAUGGUUUAUUUUACGAUACAUUAAUAUAUGCGAAUGGUGGAGCAGUA